GCGGCACUACUUAGAAUGGGAGGGAACAAUAUUUACAGGAAGACAAAUCGUGUGAACCGUUUUCUGUGUUUUAUAUUAUAUUCCAAACAAGAAGCCCAGAUGGCACCAAGAAAAUCUGCUGGCACCUCAGGAGAUGCCAGGGGAAGACGCUGGUGGCGUCUGAGACAGCGAUGGAGGAUGUUAGGAGUGUUUGAGAUCAACCAAGGGCAUGAGUUCUACCAUCUUACGUCCAUGAUAAAAGAAGGCAUGCAUGCUUCCAUUCAGGCCACUAUGGACACACCAGGCCAGGAUGCACUCACAACUGAAGAUUUCAAGGCAGAGGAAACUCAAAGCCAUGAGGGGUUUGAAAUGCAGACAUUUGCAGCUUCCGUGUUUGCCAAACUGAGGCGUUCACUUGACAUCACAGAGGAGGAAUAUAUGAACUCCCUCUGCUCUGGUGGCUGCUACCUCCAGUUUGUCAGCAACUCCAAGAGCAAGGCAGAUUUCUUUGUCACGAAUGACAAGAGGUUCUUCAUUAAGACCCAAAGCAAACGUGAAGUCGGGUUCCUUCUGUCCAAUCUGCACUCCUACAUGGACCACUUGAACAAGUACCCUCACUCACUGAUUGUGAGGUUUCUAGGUGUCCACAGGAUUGUUAUUCCGAACCAAAUAAAGAAGUACUUCAUUGUGAUGCAGAGUGUGUUUUACCCUGAUGAGAGGAUCAAUAUUAGAUUUGACAUUAAAGGCUGUGAGGUGGGAAGAUGGACAAACCCUGACACGGGGGGGAAACAAAUAAUUAAAGUGCUGAAGGAUAAUAACUUUGAAGGACAGUACAUUGCAUUAGGUCAAGAGAAAUCCUGGUUUGCCAGUCAAGUGAAAGUGGACGCUGCCUUCCUUCAAGAACUUAAUGUUCUGGACUACAGUCUCCUGUUGGCCCACCAACCUCUGCACAGAGAUGAGCUUGAAGGGAAACACUCCUUGGCCAACCUUGUUAUUCGCACCACAAUGUCUGUGGACUUUGAUGACAGUCCUGCAGGGUCAGACCCCCCCACUGUUCCGCUACUGGAAGAGACCACUACUGAGGACUCUAGAGACGGGAUCCCCCUUCAGGAAGUAAACCGCCCUGUGAAAGAAACCGGGACUGACUCAGAACUGCAGGAAUUCCAUGAGCAUCAUUGUAGGCUAUUGCCCAACUGCAAAAAUGCUAUUCAUGUCAUAGAUGGGCCAGAUAGUCGUUACUUUGUAGGCAUUAUUGACAUUUUUACUGUCUAUGGUUGGAAGAAAAGACUGGAGAACCUGUGGAAAAGCUUACGCUACCCAGGCAGGGCUUUUUCAACGGUCAGACCCACCAAAUACUCACCCAGGUUCUGUCAGUGGAUACAGGACCACACUCAGUGAGCAUCACUCAAACACAUGCCCACCAGAAGGGGCUUUGCCACAUUCUGACUCCGUCACAGCUGCCAGGGAUCUGCUGUCAUGCCAGGUCUGAAGGAGCAGCUUGCUAAAAUUCACUUUUGAAUCUAUAUUAUAACCUAUAUGUAUUGACAGUCAUCAUGAGUUUUUAUGAAGCCUUCAAUCAUUACUGACUCUUUACAUGCAUACAUAUAUUCUUUACUGCAUCUGCGAACCGUCUGUUAAUAAAAUGUACACUGUUCAGAAAAAAUGUA